AUGGAAGAAUUAGGUGUUGCAGUUGUAAAAGAACUAGGCAGAGGCACUUCAGGGAUUGUGUACAAAGUACAGCACCAAGGAAAUGGUAGGUUUUAUGUAAUAAAAGCAAUUGAUCUUUCAAAUCUGUCGAAAAAUAAGCAAAAUAAAGCAGAAAAAGAAGUAGAAAUUUUGAGCACGGUUAGUCAUGAGCACAUAUAACGAUGACCCCCCCCCUCAAUCUUCUUCGAAAAAAUCUUCAUGCCUAUUGCAACACAACAUUUUUAUAAAAAAAAUUAAUGCAGUUUUCUCUAGGUGAGUUUCUCAAAAAAAACCAUAAAACAGCGCUGCUGUAGGCCUUCUCAUCGAGAUUUGGACGGCUAUUGCCAUCGCUCGCCAUUUUAUUAAACUUAUCUAGCUAAAAAGGACGGGAAAAUUUAAGAUGCGCAUCGAAAAUUUGUUGCAAGAGGAUUAGGAUUAUUACAGAAGGCGCUAGCCAUAUUGGUGACGCAGUCACCAAAGACCUCCCGUACUGGAGGUUCUAACGCUUUUCGACUCCAGCCCAGAGAGUCUAUCACUCUUGCGAGUGCUCUUCCGGCACCUUCUGUCUCCUCCUUGCGGCUUCAGUCUUGAGUGGGUGACCUGUGGAUUUCUGCGGCCCUGCUAUAGGCGAUUGGAGUAGCUUGAUUCCAUGGAUCCUUGGAGUCUAUCAGGUGCCAAAGAGCCUUCCUUCGAUAGCUACAGGAAAAAGACUGUUCCCCUGUGGCCUGGGCCGAAACCCCCAGUUUCUCGGUAGAGGGAAUGCCCAUGGGUCCUCGGAUCCAAAGGACGUUGUUGAGCCCCUCCAUUUUCAACCACAGGAAAGCAGCCAAAACCUACCCGGAUACACACUUCUUGAGCCUGCGUCUGAUUCUCGGCUCGGAGUCCGUCCCAGUUCGCCGUAGCCAUAAGGUCUGGACUGCUGCGCCAAGAGGGCAGUUUUGGCACGUGUCACAUUUUAAUGUAUAUAAUUGGUUUCAAGAGGCGUGAAAAUUUAUUUUUUUUUAUAUAAAAUUUUAUAAUAAAAAAUUUGCAAUAGACAUGAAGAUUGAGGGGGGGUCAUCGUUAAUUUUAUUCUAGGCUAACACCCUUAUUUUUGUAUAUAAAAUUUACUAAAAAAUCAUAAUAAAACAGUAUAAUCCGUUACUAUAACAGCAUAAUAAAGGACGAAACGCUAUUCAUCCUCAUGGAAUAUGCAUCUGGUGGCGAUUUACAAAGCUUUAUCUCGAAAACAAAAGAAAAACGUAAAGGAAUUGAUGAAAGCCAAUUAUGGACAUGAGCAUACGAAAUUUGUCUGGCAGUUAAUUAUCUUCAUUCCAACAAUAUCCUGCAUAGGGAUAUAAAAUGCAUGAAUAUCUUUCUGGACAAUGAGAAAAUUAAAUUAAGAGUCUUUAGAUCUUACAGAUUUGAUAUCUCUGUACGCUUCGAACACUGGACCUCCACUAGCCAGAGGUAGCAGCGGUUUGCAGUGGUCUCCUCAGGGUUGGGUCUGCACUAGUCUUUCUUGAGUCUCGACGAUGGGCUAGAAAAACUCCUCUGUGCUGAGCGUCUUGAGGUGACAUGGAGGCAAAGGUAGCCCAAAACCUCCUCUCGGCUACCUUGAGGAAGGGGUGAAACCCAGGAAAAGAGCCACGCCCCCGAAACCGGCAGGAAAAAAGAACUUUGGCUAAAAAACCAUUCCGGGUAACUAUACUUGGACUAGAAUGGCCACCAGCUGACUCCCAAAGCCACCCACCAUACGGCAAAUAUACAGCGCACUUUAGUGUUAGAAUAAAAGAGCCUAGUCUAUAAAGCCAUUGUGGUGCUCAGUGGUGCAUCGUCAGUAAGGACAUAUUUUGUCGCAACCAUAUUAAUUAUUAUGAGAAAAGGAUAAAAAUAGGAGAUUUAGGAUUGUCAAAAAUGACAAGGACGAAGCAGAUGCAUACGUCAAUCGUAGGAACUCCACUUUACCUCAGUCCUGAACAGGUAAGAAGGCACCCUUAUGGGAAUAAAGCUGAUAUAUGAGCUAUAGGCUGUGUGCUUUAUAAUAUUGCUGCAUUGGAUUUGCCCUUUUUAGGAGAUAAUUUGAUUACUCUUGGGUAUAAUAUUCUGAAUAAAGCACCUCGGCAGCUGCCUGCGAGAUAUUCUCCGAAAUUAGUAAGCUUUAUAAUGAAGUUUCUUGAUAAAAACAGCUACAAAAGGCCUGAAAUUAAAGAAGCGCUAACAGAAGUCCCAUUAUUUAUAAAAAAACUUUACAGAAAACCGAUCAUGCAGCCAGAUCCUCGCAAUUGUUACAAAACUGAAAAUUCUAUCUUAUCCACAAAUAUCACAACAAAUGAAAGCACAACUAAAAUUUCUCAAGAAACACAUCAAUUGUCUAGGGUUUUGUCUCAGCCGCCUGAAACAACAUUUAAGUCGCAAUUAAGAAUGCAGCUUGCCCCUGAAAAUAUUGUAUCUAAUGUAAGGCCUAUGACUCAAGGAAACCAUAGAAGUUAUUUCAGUUUUAAAGAUAGACCUGAAACGGUAGCAAAUGAAACACAAAGGCCACGUAUGAAUGUGUCUAAAAUUGCUGAUGAGGAUGAAACACCAUGCAAUGAUGAACCCGUUGUACCAAGAAGCUAUUUUAAUGUAAUAAGGCCACAAACAUCAGAAAUUGUGCAAGGGGAAUUUUUACGACAGCGAGGAUCUUUGAGCAUUGCUAAUAUAACGCCUGCACCAUUGAGACCUGAAACAGCUGGAAGACCUUAUGUGGAAGAAAAGUGCGUGAUACAUAUCCGACCUCGAGCUACUAUAAAAGACCUAGCACGGGUAAUUUAG